AUGUCCGAAAUUGCUAACCAACAUGAGAUCAAUCAGAGUUAUUGGUUCAAAUGGAAUGAUUAUCAGAAUCAUCUUUCCGAUGUAGUUAGACAACUUUUAGAAGAAAAUUGUAUGGUGGACGUUACCCUGGCUGCGGCUGGGGAACGCAUUCAUGCUCAUCGCAUAGUUCUUUGUGCUUGUAGCACUUUGUUUCGAGAAAUAUUAAGCCAAGUAAAUGAAGAUCAUUCAACAAUAAUAUUAAGCGAUAUAUCUGUCCAAGAUAUAAGGUCUAUUAUAGAAUUUAUUUACCAUGGAGAAGUGAGAGUUCCAGUUGAAAAUAUUAGUAGUUUAUUGGAUGCUGCACGUUCAUUAAAGAUUUGCGGCCUUAACGAAAUUGAUGGGCUUGAAGAAACUUACUCUGUUGUGAACAAUAGGAAUUUUAAUGAUAAUAACGAAGAUUCAAUGACUGUAAUUGGCAAGACUGAAGAAAAUGUUAUUGAUACAUUGCAACAUAAUUAUGAAGACUUAGAGAAUCAACAAAAAGAUGAGGUCAUUGACAAUUCUAUGUUGAAUAAAAAAAAGAAACGUAGACGUGAUACAACAAAAAGAGAUUACAGUGAUGAUAUGCUAGCAUCAGCUAUUAAUGACUUGAAAGCAGGUCAAACAUUAAUAGAAGCUUCUACUAAACAUAAUAUACCACGUUCGACUUUGUACAUGCGUGCUAAAGCAUUAGGUAUACAUUUAAACGCAUCAAGAAACGAAUAUCCUGCAGAAUGUAUGAAAGCUGCUAUAAAUGCUGUAAUCGGUGGAUCAAGCCUGCAGCAUGCGUCGGAAACGUUUAGUAUACCAAAGACUGUAUUAUGGAGAAGGAUUCAGAAAGAAGGAUAUCAAAUAUUACGUUCGGAAAUGAAAAGGUCUUAUGGAUCAGAUAAACGGGAAGCUGCAGUUAAGGCUUUAGAAAGAGGAGAAAAUUUAACAAAAGUUGCACUUGAAUUUAAAAUUCCAAAAACUACUUUAUUUAGAGAUAAAGCACGAUUGGUAGAUGAAGGAAAACUGCCAUUGUCAUUUUGGAAGAAACGUAAGACAGAAAAUGAAGAAUUAAAAAAGUCUCGUUUAGAAGAAGCUGUUGCUGCUUGUAAAGGAGGAAAAAUGUCGCAAGCAGUAGCAUCAAUGACAUAUCAUAUUCCAAAAACAACAAUAUGGAGACGUCUCCAACAAGAUGGUAAAAAGUCAGAGCACUCAUUAAACUUGAGGAAGCAAAGAAUAGCAGAUUCUAAACAUAAUAUAGAAAUGAAGGUAGAAGAAGGAUCUGAUUUUACAUAUUGCGAGGUUUCAUCAGAAAUUCCUAUAACUUAUAUAGAUGAAAAUAGUAUACCUGGAGAUUCUGUGAUAAUAUUAACAGCAGAAGAUAUGGAUGGACUGAAUCUAGAGGAAGGACGACAAAUUAUUGUUAACUCAGUAUGUUUAUUUUUAAAAUCAAAUUGUUAAAAAACAUUUCAUAUUGUGUAAAACAAUAUAUAAAAUUUAUAUUUUAUAGGAAUCAGGGCAAGAGUAUAUUCCUUGUGCUAUAAGUAUCGAAGAAAAUUCAAAUUAUUCACAAACAGAAAGUUAGCAUAUAAAUUAUUAUCAUUUGUCUAACACUCAUUAAUAUUUGUUUUUUUUAUAACAAUAUCUAUAUUGAUUUAGAAUUUAGUAAUGUAUAUACAUACGUGACAUAUGUAUAUACAGACAUAAUGUAUAUACACAAUAAGACGCUGCGUGCGUGCGCUAUAAACAUAAAAUCGUUUCAGAUUUACAUAAGACGAUUUAUCAUUAAUAACGUAUUUUUGUGUGCAAUGUUUUCAUAUAUUUAUUUAUGAAUAAAUUUUAUUAUUAUUCUUCGUUUUUAGAAAAAUGUGUAAGUAGUACUGACGUUAAAAAAUUACUGAAUCAGGAGCUGGUGAUUAAUAGAAAAUGUAAACCUAAUUAAUAGAAAAUGUAAACUUGAUACCUUACAUAAAUUGAUAAAAUACAUUUGAUUUGGCUGAAUGUUGCACUGAUUAAGCAUGUGCUUCAAUAAAAAUAAUAUUUCUUAGAAUAUUAAAAAUAUUUUUUACCUUGCUUCCCUAUAUUUUUAGUUAUAUUAUAGAUAAAAUUAAUACCCUAG